AUGAUUGUCAUUUUAUGUUACAAAAAUGGUAGAACUACCUAUGAGGAAGGGUUCCCACCAAUUGAGGUUUUACUGGUUACAUGGGGAGAACUGAUCAACCUAGAAACCUAUUUCCAGUUGCGCAAAUCCAACUUGAGGCUGGUGAAGGAGUUUUUGGUGAAUCUUUCUGUGGAAGUGAGACUUCCUGAGAGUGUUGAGUUUAGAAAGGUUUAUGUUAGGGGUAAAAGUGUUGAGUUAUCUCCUGCUGUGAUCAACAAAGCACUUGGGAGAGGUGUUAUUGAGUCUGUUAAUGAGGAAUUGUCCUUGGAUGUGAUUGCUAAGGAACUUCUGUUGGCCAAGUCAAGAAGUGGCCUUUCAAGAAGUUGUUAUCCACUGGGAAUCUCAAUCUUGAAGCAUGCUGAGACUUGUGUUGUGAAGCUGCCAAUCUCAUUUCCAUCUCUUCUUACAGAGAUCAUCCUUCAACAACAUCAUCAGAUUCUAAGGACUGAUGAAGUUGCUAUGUCCAAGGGUGUUCCAAUUACCUUGGAUCAUCGUUUGUUCUUGGAGCCGCAUGUCCCAUACAUUGUUGUACCAUCUAGCAGGACAUCUGCCCCUGCUCAUGUGGGUGAAUAUGGUACUAAGGUCAUUAUUGCUGAAUUGCAGGAAGUCUCUAAGGCUUUGCAGGAGACUAUCAAGAUCAACACAGCUAGGAAGCUGAAGGUUGAUGUUUUGCUCCUCAAGCUUCAAGAGGAAGAAGGCCAAGGGGGUGAGCCAAGUGUUGAUACUACUGCUACUCAGGAUGCAAGCACUGAUGAAGAGGGAGGAUCUGAAGAAAGUGCAGAAGAAUCUGAGGGGGAAUCCAGUUCUGAAGAUUAA